AUGAGGACUGUUGUCUCAUGGAAUUCAAUGAUUGCAGGAUAUGCAAACUUAGACAAAUUUAUUGAUGCUCUAAACUUUUACAAAUGGAUGCUCUGUGAUGGAUAUAGGCCUGAUAUAAGCACAAUUGUGAGCCUCCUUUCUUCAUGCAUUCAACCUGAUAAAUUGCUACAAGGUUGCUGCCAAACAGGUGCACUUGAGCUUGGAAAAUGGAUUCAUAACUAUGCCUUUUCUAACGGUUUAAGAGACAGCAUCGUAGUCUGCAAUGCAUUAAUUGACAUGCAUGCAAAAUGUGGAAAUAUUAACAGUGCUCAAGAGCUCUUCUAUGCCUUGCCAGUGAGAACUGUUGUUUCCUGGACAACCAUGAUCGCAGGCUUUGCUUUGAAUGGCAACUACAAAGAAGCUCUGGACCUUUUCUGCCUGAUGGUCUUCUUGAGAAAGUAA